AUGAAGAAAUCAACGCUUUACUGCCUUUCAGUCCUGACACAGCUAGUUGUUGCGUCUGAGCAGAGCCCAAUUGUACAGCAACAACCACACAUCUCUCCGCCAAAGAACUCACAGUUCAGAGAGCUUGUGUGGGGAGACCUGAACUUCCUCCACACCACUGACACGCACGGUUGGUACGCAGGCCACUUGAACCAGAGACAGUACAGUGGUGACUGGGGUGAUUUCAUAUCUUUUACCGCUAAGCUGCGCGAGCUGAACGACGUGAAGGGCUCAGAUCUAUUGGUUGUCGAUACUGGUGAUAAGCACGAUGGCAACGGACUGAGCGAUAUCACAGAGCCCAACGGUGCUGUUUCUACUUCAAUAUUCAAUUCGUUGGAGUACGACUUGGUCACUUUGGGCAAUCAUGAGUUGUACACGGAGGAGAACUCUGUACAGGAGUAUGAGGUGUCUGUGAAGAGGUUUGGAGAUAGAUAUGUCUCUAGUAACGUGGAGUUCAAAUUGGACAAUGGAACAUUUGUACCUUUUGGUUCGAAGUAUCGCAUAUUCAAGACAGCCAAUAGAGGUUACAGAGUGCUGGCACUCUCGUUCCUCUUUGACUUCACACGGUUCAACUCCAGAACAAGAGUGACGCCAUUGUCGAAAGUGCUGAAACAGAGCUGGUUUAACGAGUUGUUGGCACGCACACCAGAGACAGACAUCGACUAUAUCGUUGUAUUUGGCCAUAUCCCAGUGACAGACGUUGAGGAACAUGAGCUACUCUCAUUGCACAUCCAUCUGAGAAGGCUGUACCCGAACACACCGGUACAGUACCUUGGAGGCCACUCUCAUAUACGAGACUUUGCCGUCUUUGACCGUCUCGCAACAGGGCUACAGAGUGGCCGCUAUUGUGAAACUGUGGGAUGGAUAAGCAUCAACCAAACCGAGACAGGCGUACAGUUCAAUAGAAGGUUUGUAGACUUUAACAGAGAAAGCUUCAAACAUCAUACUGGACUCGACGAUAAGGAAUUUGACACGCCUGAGGGCUUGCAGAUGACAAGCCAUAUAGCAAAGAUGAGACGGCAUUUGAACUUAACUCAUAGCUAUGGCUAUGUCGACAGAUCAUACAUGUCCAACAGAUACCCAUAUGGCCAUCCCUUGAACGUUUACACGUUGUUGAACUCCACCAUUUUACCAACUUUGCAAGGUGCAAAUGAAGUACAGUCUUCAACUUCGAACCGGCUGAUCAUAGUCAACUCUGGAAGUAUAAGAUAUGACCUGUACAAGGGAAAUUUCACAAGAGAUCAAGAGUAUAUCGUUUCACCUUUCAAGAAUAACUGGAAUGUCAUCACUUUGCCUAAGGAUCUGGCGUUAGCCAUCCCACCAUUUCUCAACAAUGGUAGAUUUAUCCUUCAGUUAUCUACCCCGGAAAAGGCAUCAAUCUUACUCCAGAGAGAAAAGAGUCAACAGUUCAACUCAAUGGCAGGUGAGCAUGACAAUCUCCGUUGUCCUGAUAUCCACAAGAAAGGUUUGAAAUAUGGGUUGACCACACGGGACGAUUAUGGCUGUGAUGGUGACGAUGUUGUUCACAAUUCCAUCCCAUACUAUCCUGCACCCAAUAUUGUGGAUUCCUAUGAGGAGAAAGAUCCCCUUAACGAUCAGGUUGACCUAGUCUUCUACGAUUUCAUCCAGCCUUACAUCUUGGAAGCUAUCAACCACUUGGACAGGACGAAUCGCUAUUCGGAGCGAGACAUUCACUACUACGGUGGGAAGAGCACUGGUGUUCUCUUGAGAGACUAUUUUACAGAUUAA